AUGCCCAGAGAAAGCGAAGCAAACCUGCCCCCUACCAACGAGGGCUACGGUACCCAAGAAUACUGGGAGAAACGAUAUGCCGCCGAAGACGACGGCCGCACCUUCGACUGGUUCCUCUCCCCCACCUAUCUCAUCCCCUUCUUCACCCAACUCACCUCCAACAUCCCCUCCGCCGGCAAAGACGGCAAAGACGCCCGGAUAUUGAUGCUGGGCUGUGGAAACUCGGCGUUGGGGGAGGUGCUUUAUGAUCAUGGGUGGAAGAAUGUUGUUAAUAUUGAUUACUCCAAAACUGUCAUCGACCAAAUGCGCGAACGACACUCGGAAGCUCGACCCGAGAUGACGUGGCUCGAGAUGGAUAUCCUCAAUCUGCAAUUCGCCGAUGACGAGUUUGAUCUCGUAGUUGACAAAGGUACUAUGGAUGCUAUGCUCACGACGAAGGGUGACCCUUGGAAUCCAUCCGAGAAAGACGUCAAGACGUGUACACAAGAAGUCACCGAGGCUAUCAGAGUUCUAAGGAAGAGAGAGGGUUCCAAGUUUGCCUACUUCACCUUCGGUCAACCACACUUCCGAAAACGAUACAUGCAAGAUCGCCCCGGCUUUACGCUCACUUACCGCGAGAUCGGGCCGCCGGAAGGGUUUGCAUAUUUUUUCUAUACACUUGCAUACACGGGUUAA